UUCGAAAUCUGCACGUGUUAAGUUGUUGUGGUAUCUUUAGUUUGAUAGUGAUCCAGAUUAUUUGGGGGAAAAUCGGCGAAAGAAUAAUUCAGAAUGUAAUACUACAUGGUUAAUGGGAUUAAAUUGGGAAAAAAUUCAAUCAGGUGUGAAAGAGAAUGAUACCAAUCUCUAUGUCUGACAAGUGUGGAUCAAGUUUGACUUAACCCCCUGACAGCAAUCUCGGAAAUACUGGCACUCACACGCAUCACUGGUUAUAUAAUAAAACAUUGAAGCUUAAAACCAAUAACAUUACAUCGGGAAGUUAUCAUAAAAACGUCUGAAGUCUGAUUCAUAGGAUAUAUGAAUCUUUUACGAGCUUAUUAAAGAAUAUGUUGCUUUAUAUUUUCUGAAAACUAAAGAAUCAUUCUUCCGAGUAAAAAACGUGGAUAACUUUGAAAUAGAAUCAAUAGCUGUCUGAAUGACUUACGCCUUGUUCUAUUGUGUAAAAUAUACUAGAACGUUCUACAUUACAGAAAGAAAAAUAAUGUUUGAUUAGGCUUGGCAGUUGUGUUUAUCAAACUGUUCUUUUUAAAACGUUUAAAGAUAUCUUUUCUUGAUUUGAAAUGAUUUGAAGCACUCGUGUAUUAUACGAUCGAAUGCAAAUGCAUUUAAUUUAGAAAUUCUAGUAUAUACAUUUUAAAUAGCUCAAUACGUAUAGUUUACUUUUAAAAUUAAAACAAUUUACAUCAAAGUGUAAUUCGAUAACAUUUAGAUAGACGAUGAGAGUUUUUGAAUGAAAUCAAUGACAGAGUUUUUCAACAGUUUACGACAUUUUUUCCUCAAUGAUUUAAGCAUGAAUGGAACAGAGGAAUGUACAGUAUGGUGGUGUGAUAAAUCAGGAACUUUGCUAACUCUAGAAAUUAUCGCGAUAAUCUUGUGCAUCAUCGGAGGAUUGGGCAACAUAAUAACAGUUCUCGCAAUAUGCUUCUCCAGUUUACGGAAUAACAUCAAUUGUAUCUUGAUUGGGAGCUUAAGUUUUGCUGGAUUUUUAUAUUGUGGUCUAAUUUUGCCCUUGCAGGCAGUUAUAUUUCAUCGCCAUAGCAACGCAGUCCCGCAGGAGUUUUGUAGCGCCGCCGGUGGUAUAAGGUACACACUUGUUGGUGUUAUUUUGGUGCACUUAGGGAUUAUUGCGUUAUAUCGGUAUCUCAACGUGGUACAUUUAGCACAGUAUCAGAAUCUUUCACAGAAAAGACCUCUGAUGAUAACGAUAGCCAUUGGUUGGAUUUUACCACUCUUUUUUACAGCUCCGCCAUCAUUCCGAAUCUGGGGAGGAUUUACCUUUGUUCCCGCCAUUUUAGCUUGUACUUUUGAGAAAGGUAUAGACCAAUCAAAUAGAAUUGUGACAGUCACAUGUGGCUUCAUUGUUCCAUGCAUUUUUAUUAUAUUUUGUUAUGCUAGAAUAGGCUGCGUGGCUUACGGUAGUUCCAAGCGUGUAAGUCAAUGGCAUGGUAACGUAUCUCAAACAAGAGCACUGCGACUGUCGGCCAUGAUGUUAUGUAUAUUCGGUGUAUAUUUUCUAGGAACAUUUCCAUAUUUUAUAGUAAAUGUUUACGACAGAACAUUUUCGAAGCCGAUUCACCAUUUAUGGACAACUGUUCUCGGUUGGAUCUUAUAUUGUACAAAUCCGAUAGUGUAUACGGUGAUGGACCUUAAUUUCCGGACAGCAUAUCGUCGAUUUCUUCUAGGAGACUGUGAGAAAAGUCCACUGAGAAGGGGUCCAACUGCAACUUAUGUUUAAAGUCUUAAUUUUUUCUUGUUGACAAUGUUGUUUAGUUUUUAUGUACACUUGUUAUUGAACAACACAGGAUGUCGACUUAUGUUUGAUAGGGUUGUUUCCGUAUUAACAAAUUGCUUUGCUGAAUGCGAAAAUUAUUUUUUAAUAGAACAAAGGUUGAAAACAUUGUCGACAAAAUUAUGAAUUGGUAACAAAAUUAGUUCCUAUUAUCUAAUCCUUUGUGCAGAUUAGAAAGUGGACACAUGACAAGAUUAUUUCAAUGUUGUGGUGAUUAGGUUUGUAUAAGACCAUGAAAGACUGCAUAACGAACACAACCCGUAGUUUUCUGUUGAAGGAAUUGUUUUUUAAAUAUAUUUAUGUCUGAAAUAAAUUAUUUUGUAUGAAACAAAGUAUCCAUUCGUUUGAUGUGUUUGAGCUUUUGAUUUUGUCAUUUUAUACUGGAAUUUCCGUUUUGAAUUUUCCUUGGAGUUCGGUAUUUUUGUUAGUCUACUUUUCACAUAUUUUUCAAAGUACAUCAUUUCAAUUAAACUUUAUUAUUCCAUAAUAAAUCAGAACAAUAAAACAGAUAAUAGCAUCUUCAGAGUAACUUGCGUGCAAGUUAAGCUUCAUUUCAACGGUUUUUCCAAAUUGAUAUUUGAAAAAUCAAAACAUCUUAAGAACUACAUCCAAAUCAAAAACAAAUUAUGUCUUGAUGUAAAUUCUAAUCGAAAAUAUAUCCAGUGAUCUUGUUUUAUUAACAGGUAUUUCCAAUUUAUUAAAAGAACAUUUCAUUGUUA